CCGACGGUCAGCAUGAGUACCACACAGUGCAACAGUCACCAUUCAUCAAUCAUCAUCAAUCCGUUGAUCACAAUCAAAAAAUCUGAAGCCCGGGUUUGUAAACCCAUCGGAAACCCAGUUCCGUUGAUGCGGGGAAAUUCCUCGGUUUAAAGACGCUACUCACCACCACCCAUGGACAGCAGGAAUCAACCGUUAACAUAUACUUCAUAACCACCAGUUACAAUGUUGGCCAACAAGCAAGCCAUUGGCUCCAAGUCCUUGGGUCAGCAUCCCAGUCACACCCUCGACCAAAAGAUCCUGGUCGCAUCGCGGCAGGGCUUCACCGGCAUCGAGGUCGUGUACUCCGAUCUCGCCGACUUUGCGCAACAUCUCAACAUCUCCAUCCACGAAGCGGCCAAAGUAACAAGAGAUCUCUGCGUGGAGCACCGAGUCGAAAUCAUCUCCCUGGCGCCCUUUGAAAAUUUCGAGGGUGGCAGCUUGCCCUUAUCCGAGCGACUCGCUACCGCUAAGCACUGGUUGCAGCUGGCGCGCACCCUCCAGGCAACCUAUCUUCAGGUCCCCUCAUACUACAACCCCGACGGCAGCACGGACGAGAAGGUGGUCGUAUCCGAUCUACAGCAACUGGCGGAUCUCGCCAGUGCCGAGCAGCCAGUCAUCUCCGUUGCGUACGAGUACCUCUCGUGGGGGGUCCUCUGCUCCACCUGGGAGACAGCCCUUCGUAUUGUAAACGCGGUGGACCGACCGAACUUUGGCUUGUGCCUCGAUAACUUCCACGAGCAUACCAAGCUAUGGGGCAGUAAUACGGACAAGUCAGGAAAGCUCCCGACGGGCGAUCGGGAUCUGGAGGCGUCUCUAAAGCGGUUCAGUGAGCAGUGCCCUCUGGAGAAGAUCUUCUAUGUGCAAUUGUCCGAUGCGGAGCGCUUCGACCCGCCGCUGUCGGAGGCGCAUCCGUGGUACCUGCAGGGUGAGGCCCCUCAAUUCACCUGGUCGAAGCAUGCGAGGCCUUUUCCAAUGGAGGCGGAGCUGGGUGGUUAUCUCCCUAUUUUAGAGACUGUCAAGACGUGGGUUGUGGAUAAGGGAUUCAAGGGAUGGGUUUCGAUGGAGGUGUUUGACUGGCGGAUGCGCAGCGCGGAGCACAAGCCGGAGGAUGCAGCCAGGCGGGCGAGAGUGUCAUGGGAGAAGAUCCAGCAGGGACUAUCGGGAAAGACGGGAGAUGGGCCCCUCAAGGCACAUUAUUAGAGGCGGG